AUGUCCAUCUUCACUGAUAUGAUCGAGGAUUUCAUGGAAGUCUUUAUGGAUGAUUUCUCAGUUUACGGAUCAUCUUUUAAAGACUGUCUGGAUAAUCUCUGCAAAGUUCUGGCUCGCUGUGAAGAGAAACACUUGGUCCUUAACUGGGAAAAUUGUCACUUUAUGGUCAGAGAUGGGAUUGUGCUUGGGCACAAGGUUUCUGCAGCUGGUAUCGAAGUGGAUCGUGCGAAGAUCGACGUCAUGACGAGCUUGCCACCACCUGAUUCUGCGAAAUCGGUUAGAAGUUUUCUGGGUCAUGCAGAUGAGUGCCUUGCUGCGUUCGAACAGAUCAAGUAUGCCCUGAUAAGCGCCCCUAUCGUGCAGCCUCCUGACUGGAAUUUGCCUUUUGAGAAGAAGGAUGCGAAGCCAAGGUUGCUGCGAUGGGUAUUACUCCUUCAGAAAUUCGAUAUUGAGGUCAAGGACAAGAAGGGGGUUGAGAAUGGUGUGGCAGAUCAUCUCUCACGCAUCAGGGUUGAAGACGACGUACCCAUAGACGAUUUCCUGCCAGAAGAGAAUGUGUAUUAUGUGGAAACCAAGUUCCAGAGCAGUUUUGACGAAGAAUUGCAGUGUCGCGCGUCACCUUACUCAGGCGAACACAGAAACCCUCCCAAAUUCGAAGCAGACUUCCUGAGAUCAGUUCAGCUGCUGUAUCCGCUACCCAACGUCCCUUGGUAUGCUGAUAUUGCCAAUUAUCUCGCUGAAGAGGCUGAGCCUGAAAACUUUAAGGGCUAUGCAAAGAAGAAGUUCCUGAGAGAGCUGCGAAGAUACCACUGGGAUGAGCCAUAUCUGUACAAGCACUGUUCUGAUGGGAUUUACAGAAGAUGCAUUGCAGAGUCAGAAGUACCAGAUGUGCUGUUUCAUUGUCAUGGAUCCGAAUAUGCUGGACACUUUGCAACAUUCAAAACAGUGUCUAAGGUUCUUCAAGCAGGCUUUUGGUGGCCUACCAUGUUUCGCGACGCACAUGCAUUCAUCUCGCAGUGCGAUGCUUGUCAGAGGAGAGGAAAGAUCAGCAAAAGACAUGAGAUGCCACAGAAUUUCAUCCUUGAGGUUGAGGUAUUCGAUUGCUGGGGUAUCGAUUUCAUGGGUCAUUUUCCCUCUUCUUAUGGGAACAAGUACAUCCUGGUUGCUGUUGAUUAUGUUUCAAAGUGGGUCGAAGCCAUUGCCAGUCCCACCAACGAUUCUUCAGUGGUCCUUAAGAUGAAGCAUGGAGUUCAUCAUCGAGUUGCCACUCCUUAUCACCCUCAGACGAGUGGACAGGUCGAAGUCUCGAAUCGACAGAUCAAAGAGAUUCUGGAGAAGACAGUGGGUAAAACUCGAAAAGAUUGGGCUGCGAAGUUGGACGAUGCACUCUGGACAUACAGGACAGCGUUCAAAACACCUCUAGGCACCACACCUUUCCACCUGCUCUAUGGAAAGCCCUGUCACCUUCCAGCGGAGAUCGAACACAAGGCAGCCUGGGCGAUAAAGCUGAUGAAUUUCGACAUCAAGUCUGCUGCAGAGAGGAGACUGAUACAGCUGAAUGAGUUGGACGAAAUCAGGUACCAUGCCUAUGAGAAUUCGAAGUUAUACAAAGAGAGGACCAAGGCGUAUCACGAUUCCAAAAUCCUCUCCAGGCAAUUCGAACCGAAUGAUCAGGUACUUCUGUAUAACUCUCGUUUGCAAUUGUUUCCUGGUAAACUUCGUUCUCGAUGGUCAGGUCCUUUCAUAGUCAAAGAGGUUCGCCCCUAUGGUGCCAUCGUCCUCCUCACACCAGAUAGUAGCAGAGAGUUCACAGUCAAUGGACAAAGGGUGAAGCACUACUGGGCCAAAGCUGAGAUUCCGGAUGGACACAUCGUGCCUCUGGAUGGUGCACCUCCUGCUUGA